UUAGGAUACACCCGUUAUCCCGGAGCAGGAGCAGGUUGACACACCUCAUCAUCGUUCGAUAAGACAGACUACCUUUUCCAUAAAGUAUUGAUUUUGCAGCCAGAGGUAUCAUACCAACAGCGGCUCCUAUAUGCGUCGACUGCAUUCCUUUCCUUCUCUUGGUGAUUCGCUAGUAACGCAAUGGAAAAUGGCAGAACAGCAUCAAAACCACGCCGGGUGCGUUUCUCAGAUAGUAUCGCCGAUGUUGACCGAGAAAAUGGCACAAUACUCAAGACUAUGGAGAAACAAACAGAGAGUGAAGAUUCUUCGUACGAAUUUUUCACCAAAGAUUGGUCGAACGUUGUGGCAGCAGCAGCCGGUUCGAGUACGGAUCACGAAAACACGCAAGGCCCGAGUCAUCUGGAAUCAAAAAGGUCGAUAGUCACCUACCUUAGCCCGUUUCUACUAGAGUCACCCAAGAAGGCCGGACGCGGUGAAAAAAUCCUUUAUUUCCCUUCAUCAACGCGUCCAAAAAUGGGCGAGUACCUGGAAUCAACAUCUCCGAUUUUUCAGGAAGAACAAGGUCUAUAUGUGGGAAAACGACCCCAAGUGGCCACAGCCAAUCAGAACGCCAUGGAAAAUCGGAUGGUAAAGGAAAAAGCCUUUCAUAUGAUUGACCAGGAUUGGCGACUGAAAGCUCUUCCGGAUCCGGCUAACUUAAAGGGCACGCGUUGCCAUGUGGAACAUGCUGUGGAAAGUCAGAAGAAUGUGAUUGUGGAGGGCAGUCCUCUGAAUAACAACGCUUUAACGUUGCGCACGAACUCGGCGCAAAGGCUGGAAUUAAUAUUGGAGAUUGUGCUCGUAGAAUUCUACCAUCAUUUCUUAUUCAGUGUGGAGCAUAUGUUAGCACGGAGACUGCAAGACCAGUAUAAAGGCUAUCAGGCACUACUGGAAGAAAAUCCAUCCUGCUAUAUCAAGGACAAAAUCAACGGACUGAAAAUUAAUUUAAUUUCGUUGCAGAAACAAGCAGAAAAUGGAUUAAGCGACGAUUUAAAAGUCAGAAUUAAAAUGUGCUUGCAAAGUUUGCUAUCUCACCGAGAGAAACUCGAUAACGCGAUUCGAUCCACACGGCUCGCCAUGGUCGAAUUACUCCGCACAUGGACGCAGCUGAAACUGCUGCGCGUACGCAAUGGCUUCACGUGCACACCGUUCCAGCUCGUUCUCCAUUCGAAAAACCGGGAUAAAACGGUGGACAUGGAUACUUAUCACAACGACAUAGAAGACGAGUUAUCCGAGAAAGAAAUGUUAUUCAUGAUCAACUACAGCAGUCUGCAGGAGAAUUAUCGUAUCCAGCUGAGUGAGUGGCAAACAAAUAUGGACAUGUGGAAAGCCGCUUGUGAAACGGUUGAACGCAACGCACAAAAUAUGUCCCAAUUGGCGGAAGAAUUGCUCCGCUUAGCCAACUCUCCCGAGCCAGUACCCCCGGUUGCGCCAGGCCUGUUCGAAUCCCGAACGGAAGCGACCCAAAUCCAGGAAAGAGUGGUGCGCAGCCGCCGUCCACCCGGUGAAGCCGAGCUGAUACCGGAAUUGAGAAAAGACCUACUGCCCAGCGAAAACAGCGUGUGUUCCACGGGAGAACGUUUACGGCGUGCGGAUCUCAGUAGGCAGAAGAUCUUCUUACGUGUCGUAAUCAACGAACAGGAAGUCUGCCGUACCAGCGCGUACAAUUUGCACGACGAAUUCAAAGUGAUCAUUGGGAAGAAAUUCUCGUUCCUUGCCGAGUUCAUACCGGAAACCAUAAAAAUUGAAGUGUACGAAGAACAGGGAUUUUUAAACCGGCUCAUUGCGGAGACAUUUGUCGCGGUGCCCGAUGAAAAGUGGGACGCCAGUAUUGCGCCGUUUAAUAGUGUGGAAUUUGCCAGUGCGGACAAGGUCACUACUGGGAAUGCAGGUGUUGGCAGCGGAACUUCCGUAACAGUUGACGCAGGCGCAGAACCGGCAAUUUUCUACACUAAUGGAACAAUUCGUUGCCGCGUAGCAUGGGUUCCCGAAUCUGCAAAAAAGAUUGCUCAGUCACGAGUGAAAUUAGGGAGCUCGGAACUGCUGGAUGCUUUAGGUGCGCGCGGAAGACGAGACUACAAGAAACUGGCCGAAUGGGCGCAAAGCGCACAACUAGACCCAAAUGAUCCUUCAAAUGCCGAUCUCAUUGCUUACCUAAAAACUGCCGAACAGUCGGCCAGUAGCAAUUUCUUCCGUCUGGAACAACUGCAACAGGAAUUCGAUUUUGUGUCUGCUGAGAGUAUUGCCGAGAACAGACGCUUUCGUUUACUACAGCUCCGCGACCGACAAGUUCCCGAAUUUGCCAACUUAAAAAUGAUACCAGCUAAUGACAACGAAAUACCGGCCAAUAUAUUUGAUAAGUACACAUUUGGACGGCGUCAAGAAGCUGUCUCGCUAUUAGGAGUCUCCGGUAUCAAUCAAAAAGCCCAUGCCAGUUUACUGCAGAAUCUUCGUGAAUACAUUUCCUACACUGUUCGGUCCGUUCAAGACACUUACACCUACGAAGACAUGGUAAAUGAGGAGUCCAUUUUAAACAUUGGAAAGUUCUUCAGUAUAUUAGCCGGUUUCUGGAAGCCGCGCCGCCGUUUAAUGCCGGUGCGCAAACAGCAAAAAAUGAUCUCGCUGAAACAAGCAGCCCAUACGGAGAUGCGGCUAAUCGUUCGCAUUCUGAAAGCGGAAAAUCUGCCUCGUCGACAAAAAACCGACCGAACGCCGACCGCGCCCAUGAUGGAGUCCACUACCCAGGAGCGAAUAUCACCCACACCGGCCACAAAUAAAAUAGACGAACCGGUACCCUUGCGCGCAUUCGCCACGGCACAUUUCGCGGGACAGGAAGGAAAACUGCACGUCGUGGAAAGCACGGAUCCGGUGUGGAAUGGCCAGAUCGUCUUCCGAUUAAAUCCCACCGCGAAAAGCAGUGUGCAGUUUCUUCAACAGGAACUGGAAAUACACUUUUUUGACGAAGUGGCUGUGGAUGUUCUGGAGGAUAAUACACUACGUGAAAGCCACAUCUAUCAACGCCUGGAUCGCCGAUGGCUGGGAUCGUUGACCUUUCCUUUUUCCGCCUUAUACACAACGUCAAAAAUUGACGGGACGUUUACAUUAAGCAGUCCACCCGUUCUGUUAGGCUACUCCACCGUCACCACGUCCCGCGCAUCGGUAUUCGUCGCCCUGGAUCCACCACUUCUACCGCCGGCACCGUUCCUUUUGUCCCGACUGGAAAGCAUCGAAGAUGAUCGUGACGUGCAGAACGUAGAAGCAUGGACAGCGCGGCUGCGCAAACAGUUCCCCGAUCGCCUUAUCCGGCCACUGGUUGUCAACACGGAAGCUAAAUCGUGUUUACUGACUCGGUUUAUUCAUCCACUUAAUCCGCCUCCACAAAUAUUGUUUGAUACGACCAUAACGCGGGAUAAAAUGAACGUUGUGGCUAGAUUCGUUUCCUUGAUACCGGAUGUGCCUGAUACAUUGAUAUUUCCGGAAGCUGUGGACAUUUGGAGCACUAAUGAUCAAUUUCUCGCUUUGCUCUGUGGCGACGAUGAGGAACAUGCCUUGCUUUUAUUGAGCUACUUCUUGUUCUUCAAAGUCCAGGCCUACCUGUUACUUGGUCAAACCGUGGGAGGAGGACCGGGAGCGUUUGUAUUAUGUCGAGUACAGAGUUCCGAUGUCUUCUCUAUUUGGGAUGCCAGAAACGGAAAAAGUUACAGAGUUACGGAUCCUGAAUGCCCAGUCACCGCUAUUGGGAUGGUAGCUAAUAAUGAAAAUAUUUGGGCAAACGUGCAGCAAUAUUCCAAAGCCCAUGAGAUGCAAUGGCAGCUGCAUCUUGCAGCGCACUGGAAACCAUUGUGGUCAUCCAGUAAAGAACGCCCAGCUAAUAUUUUUACGCUACAACCAGAAACAUUCACGUAUAUCGAUACACCGGCACACCGGAAGCACGAGUUGGAAAUAGUGUUAACCAACAAGAUCACAGUGGCUAUCAUGGAAAAGCGGUCGCGAUAUGUUACCCGGUGGAAUGUUGAAUGUAGUCGACGGUUGUAUCAUCUGCUGGACACCAUGGAAGUCGACAGGAACAAAGCGGAUGCGGCACAAUAUCAUGAGCAACAGCUGCGGGACUUGUUGCUGUUGUACGAUAUCUAUGGAUUUCCUUUGAAUCUUUCAUUAGGGAACCCAGACGACGUUGUGGACGCUGUCAUAUCGACCGGGAUCCAUCAAGUGGACUCCAACGACCUCGAAUUAAGUCUGGCGGUUAACUUCACGCUGUAUCCCCACUCAGUAGUCUCUGUAUGGAUUUAUCUAGCCGUACUUAAAAGAACGGUGCCAUGAUGAGAGAUUGUCAGUAAUUGUUUAUUUUGUCUCGAUGUGGACACCAGUCACACCACUAUUAACUUUGAUAUUCACAUUCCAAUCUCAACAACAGCUGAGCGGCCUGAAUGCUCAGACCUGUAAUUAUUUGGUAUAUACAUAAAUAUCUGUGGUUUUCUACUUCUGUAGCACAU